AUGUCUGGGAUACUAAUUAUCGCGGGUGCCUUCACUGUGGGGGUUAUACUGGUUUUAUUGUCCUACCCGAGUGCAGAACACGCCGGGUCGGGGAUAAGCAAGUUGACUAUUGACGGGACAAGAAGAGUAUUGGCUAUGUCAUUGCUGACGAAGUACAACUGCGGCCUACAACCCAGAGUAGCUCCGUGUACUGUACUGAUACAGACGGGGGAAUGUACGGGUCACUUGGAGACUUCGUAUUUGGAGGACUUGGAGCCAGUCCCCCUUGCGGCACUGGGUGGUGAAAGCAAGCUGGUGGUACUAGGGGGCGCGCCGAAUCGUCCUAAAACAAGUAUGUGUGGCAACUCAAACGACACGGCGGGGCCGCGGUACGUAAAUUUACGUACAUACAACUGGCGUACUCGUAUGAGUACUCGUACGCCAGUUGUAGAGGUCCUGGGAUCACAGGGAGACAUCAGCAGUGGGAAGAAGGUAAGAACGGCUCUCAAUAUGGAAUCAAGGGAACGGCAUAUGAAGACCUUGGGCAAUGGACAGACGUUGACGAACAGAAAACGCGGUCGAUUGUAA